AUGAAGCUCGUGGGAAAAAGCCUCGCCCGCGACGGGCCCGGCUCCGUCAAGCUGCUACCGGAGGUGGAUGACGACCUGUGGGACGCGUACAACCUCAUCGCCGCCGGCGACGCCGUCGAGGCCGUCACGGUCCGGAAGAUCACCAAGUCCUGGGGCCGCGACUCGGAGCGCGUCAAGCUGACGCUGGAGAUCGCGGUCGAGUCCACGGACUACGACAAGGACGGGUCCGUCCUGCGCGUCCGCGGCAAGAACCUCUCCAAGAACGAGCACGUCCAGAUCGGCCAGUACCACACCCUGGAGAUCGAGCUGCGGAGGCCCUUCAUCCUCCGCAAGGAGGCCUGGGACUGGCCGGCGCUCGACACCAUCCGCAAAUCCUGCGACGAGACCGCCGCCAACGCCGACCUCGCCGUCCUCCUCAUGCAGGAAGGGCUCGCCCACCUCUUCCUCGUCGGGCGGAGCGUCACGGCCACCAGGGCGCGCGUCGAGGUGCCCAUCCCAAGGAAGCACGGCUCCGGCGCCGUCGCCGCGUACGACACCGCCCUCAAGGACUUCUUCCAGCGCGUCCUCGCCGCCUUCGUGCAGCACGUCGACUUCGGCCUCGUCCAGUGCGUGGUGAUCGCGAGCCCGGGCUUUACCAAGGACCAGUUCCGCGACCACAUGCUCCUGGAGGCCGCGCGGCGAGGGGAACUUCGAGCCAUCACAGAGCACAAGGCGCGCAUUGUGCUCGCGCCCGGGCCCUCAGGUUACCCGCACAGCCUCAAGGACGUCCUGGCCGCCUCGAGCGUCAUGUCGCUGAUAAAGGACACGAGGGCCGCGCAGGAGGUGCCGGCGCUGCAGGAGUUCUUCGCCAUGAUCGCCAAGGACUCGACACGGGCUUGCUACGGGCCCAAGCACGUCGAGGUCGCGCAUGAACGUCUCGCCAUCCAGACCCUCCUGCUGACGGACACUUGGUUCCGCAACCCUGACGUUGCGGCUAGGCGCAAGUGCGUCGAUUUGGCCGAAUCGGUCAAGAAGAUCGGUGGCAACGUGUGCGUCCUUUCUUCCAUGCAUGUCUCCGGCGAUCAGCUGGAGCAGCUCACGGGGAUAGCAGCGGUUCUUCGUUUUCCCAUGCCUGAUUUGGACGACAUCGAGAUGUGAUACGGGCUCUGUUUA